UAGAUAGAUAUAUCUGGGAAUAUGUGAAUCAAGAAACUGGAAACUAAAAUGGUAUCUCCGACAAUUGAUCUUUUGAAGGGUGAGAUUCCUCUUGAGCAGGAGUCCGUGGUUUUGCCCGAUGAUGCUCUCACCGGUCUUGUUCUUGUUGACAUCAUAAAUGGUUUCUGCACUGUUGGUGCUGGAAAUCUGGCACCAAAACAGCCUAACAGCCAGAUUUCUGGAAUGAUUAAAGAAUCAGAAAGGCUGGCCAGAUUGUUUUGUGAGAAGAAAUGGCCAAUUAUGGCAUUUCUUGAUUCUCAUCAUCCAAACAAGCCCGAGGAACCAUAUCCUCCUCAUUGUAUUGUUGGCACGGACGAGUCAAAUCUGAUUCCUGCUCUGCGAUGGAUAGAGAACGAACCUAAUGUAAAUAUAAGGCGCAAGGACUGUUUUGAUGGAUACUUGGGUUCAACUGAGGCUGAUGGUUCCAAUGUUUUUGUGGAUUGGGUGAAGAAGAAUCAGAUCAAAUCUUUACUGGUUGUCGGGAUAUGCACUGAUAUAUGUGUGCUGGACUUCGUAUGCUCUACAUUAUCGGCAAGGAACCUUGGGUUUCUCACCCCUCUGCAGGAUGUGGUGUAUUCUCGAGCAUGUGCCACAUUUGACAUUCCUCUCCAUGUUGCCAGAGACACCAAAGGGGCUUUAGCUCAUCCCCAGGAGUUUAUGCAUCAUGUUGGGCUAUACAUGGCAAAAGAAAGGGGAGCAAAAAUAGCGAGUGAAGUGUCAUUGAUCAAUGCACCAAAGAUAACAGCCAGGCCUUGAGCUAGGAUGUAGCAUUACUGAACUAAAUCCUGUGUAGCAAUUGUUUAUGGGUACAUGGAGCCUUGGUGUAAAAACACUUUUGAAUACAUAUGUGUGCGAAGUAGUGGUGUGUAUUAAGGCUUCUGGCUCAUUGAUAUGAACCCGAACAUUUGAGUGCUUUAAUCAUCUGCAAAUUUGAUCUUAGGGCUCCAUGCAUAUGUGUAUGUGCAUCAUGAUUUUCGUA